AUGGCUACCAACAGCGAUAAGUUGGUCCCCCAUACACAACAUGAAGAUGACCCCGAAUCUCUUGAGCUCAAAGCGAGUAAAGUCCAGGCACGCGCACCAGUAAUUCAAUGCCCACCUCAUACGACAGAACGCAAAUUGGUGGCCAAGAUUGAUCUUCAUGUCAUUCCGUUCCUCAGCAUCAUGUAUCUCCUGGCUUUCCUCGAUCGAGUCAAUAUAUCCAACGCUAAUGUGUUUGGUUUGUCGGGAGAAUUACACCUCGACGGCACCCGUUACAACAAUGCUCUCGUCAUCUUCUUUGUUCCAUACAUCUUAUUCGAGAUCCCAUCAAACAUUCUUCUCAAGUGA